CGGAGGAGAAGGAAGAGAUGGCGCUCCUGGACGUGUGCGGGCUGUCCCGCGGGGCCUGGGACUGGAACCCGCUCGGAGGAGCCGCGGCCGCCGCUGCGCAACCCGGAGCCGUCGGCCAUUACGCCUUCGGGCUGCGGGAGCCUCAGAUCGCCGUGCCCCCGGGGAGGCAGCCGGACGAGUUCUUGCAAACGCACUGCGAGGGCAGCAGUGAUGACGGCGGGCACCGCAUCGAGCUGGCCCACGGCACCACCACCAUGGCCUUCACCUUCCAGCAUGGCGUCAUCGUGGCCACCGACUCCCGGGCAUCAUCUGGCAGCUACAUUGACUCAAAGUUGUUCAACAAAGUGAUUGAAAUCAACCCCUACCUGCUGGGAACCAUGUCCGGAAGUGCCGCCGACUGCCAGUACUGGGAACGGCUCCUGGCCAAACACUGCAGGCUGUACUACCUGCGCAACAAGGAACGGAUCAGCGUCUCGGCCGCCUCCAAGCUCUUGGUCAACAUGCUAGCCGAGUACCGGGGGAUGGGUCUCUCCGUGGGCAGCAUGGUGUGCGGCUGGGACAAGAAGGGUCCUGGCCUUUACUACAUAGAUCAUAAUGGGGUACGCCUGGGCGGCCCCCUCUUUUCCACGGGAAGUGGGAACUCCUAUGCCUACGGGGUGCUGGACAGCGGACACCGCAACAAUCUCAGCGUGGAGGAGGCCUACGACCUCGGCAGAAAGGCCAUCGCUUACGCCACCCACCGCGAUUCCUAUUCGGGUGGGGUGGUGAACAUGUAUCACAUGAAGGAAGAUGGCUGGAUCCGAGUUGGGCGUACAGAUGUCAACGAGUUGCUCCACCAGUAUGCAGAGGCCAAAAAAUGACCGGGAAGGAACCACAAAUGUCAAGAGAUGUUUUGACACUCAGGGCUGAAGGAGGGAAAAAGGGACAAAGACAUUCAGUCAUGACGGGGCAAUAAUAAAGUGACAAUGAACA